CUGCACCGCAAUCUUCCCGCAACCUCUCACCGCCGCGUUUGUACUCAGUGAAACGAUACUAACAACGCUUUGAGCGUCGAAUGCGGUUAGGCAUUCAAAAAACGCCAACAGACUUGAAUUGAAUGACGAAUGUGGGGGCGCGACGCGACGCGAUGCGCUUGCAGGACAAAGGACGCGUCUCACGCACGCAUCUCAGCCUCACAUCAUCCAUCUGCAUCCAUCGAUCGGAAAUCGUUGGUUGAUCGAGGCGAGGGCGAGCUGCAAUUCGUGAUUCACAUUCACGACUGGGCGCAACGGAUUCAAUCAGAUGGAAGCACAAGUGUGAGUCGUGAACGUCAAGAGGCUCAAGCGCGCAAGGACCCGGGUGCGCUGCAGGCCCGUGCCGGUGCUGUUUGAAGCACAUUCAUGCUUGC